CCCCCACCCGUGGGUUUGGCCUUCAUUCCGCCCAUGCUGGGCAGCUCGCGCCGCGCCGCCAGCCCUCGGGCGGUGUAUCAAGUCUCACGGUCGCCUUCGCCGGUGCCCAUCGACCCCUCCAGCCCGGUGGGCUUCAGUUGGACUCCAGUGGCGAUGUCGCCCCGGGCGACGGCCUCAGUGCGUGCGCCUUCCCCCACCCGCGUAACGCAGACGGGCUUCGCCUGGCGACCGGAGUUUCCGCGGGCGUUUUCGCCCUCGCCCUCGUCCAUCAGCUUUCCGCGGCAUGCGCCAACGAUUGCACAAGGUUACCAUGCGCAGAAUGGCAGAUGACGCACGGAACUAUUGUGAUCUGCCGUCAGCAAAUCCCAGACCCCUAAUGACCACCUCCC